AUGGAUUCUUCAAAAACCUCUCUUCAAGCACUGGCACCACCUAUGGCGCUGUCGGACAGUGUCAUGAAAAUGUUUGACAUGACUGGCAAGGUUGUUAUUGUCACUGGUGGCUCGGGAGGAAUCGGAUACGAAGCAGCUCGAGGCCUUGCAGAGGCAGGCGCCAAUAUUGCCCUCUGGUAUAGCCGUGCCGCGAAUACGGACGACCUCGCAGCUACAAUUGAAGCAGAUUUCGGCGUAAAAGCAAAGGCCUACAAGUGUUCGGUUGAGAAUUUCGAAGAGGUUCAAAAACAAACGGCCGCUGUAGUCAAUGACUUCGGUCGGCUCGAUGUCAUGAUUGCAAACGCAGGCAUCUCCCGUCCAGCAGGCGGUAUUGAUGACCCCAUUGAAAACUGGGAGCAAGUAAUUGGUGUAAAUCUAGACGGAGCCUACUACUGCGCUAAAGUGGCAGGUGAAAUCUUUCGAAAGCAAGGAUCCGGAAGCCUUAUCUUUACAGCAUCUAUGUCUGGUCAUAUAGCAAAUGUUCCACAGCGUCAGGCCUGCUAUAAUGCGUCCAAAGCUGGUGUUAUUCAUCUCGCCAAAUCCCUCGCAGUGGAGUGGGCGGGCUUUGCUCGUGUGAAUGCAGUUUCGCCCGGUUAUAUCAAAACACCGAUAUCUUCGAGAAUUCCGAAAGAAUGGAAGGAUGAAUGGCUGAGUCUCACGCCAAUGAGACGCGAGGGAGAGGCGAAAGAGUUGAAGGGGAUAUAUCUUUACCUUGCAAGCGAUGCUGGCACUUUUACCACCGGAGCAGAUAUUAUAAUUGACGGAGGAUAUUGCUGCCGGUAA